AUGGAUCAUCCAAAUGCUACACCUCCAAAGACCUCAAUAGAUACUUCAUUCGAUGGCGUCGAUCCUUCCGUGGAAUUUGUUGGGGACAUCAAUACUAAUAAUGAUAUACCCUCCCAAGAGGUGCUGAAGAAGGUCGAAAGUAUGAUCGUCCUAGAUAGGGAUGGCAAAACCAGACCCUUCAAAAGUUUAUACUCAGGCCCGAAUGUAGCAAGAAGAGUCUUGGUUAUAUUCAUCCGUCAUUUCUUUUGCGGGAACUGCCAAGAAUACCUUCGAACCCUCGCAGCAUCCAUCACCGAAGAUUCCCUCCUUCAACUCCAUACUCCCACCUUUAUCGCCGUCGUUGGCUGCGGCAGCCCAUCUCUAAUCCCCAUGUACCAAGAAGCCACGAAUUGUCCAUUUCCUAUAUAUGCGGAUCCUACAAAGAAGCUAUACGAUGAGUUGGGAAUGAUGCGCACAUUGAAUCUCGGCACCAGACCAGAAUAUCAGCGCAGAGGUACUCUCAUGGGGAUUGGACAGAGCGUACUACAAAGUCUCAAACAAAUCAAAGGAGGCAAAUUAUUUCAGGGAGGUGAUUACCAACAAGUCGGCGGAGAAUUCCUUUUCGAGCCAGUGCGAAUGGCCACUCCAAUCACUUCACCUGCUGAUGGACCCAUUGGUAUGGAUGCGAGCGGUGGAAUUCUGGGAAAUGGUGAUAAGAUAGGAGAAAGUGAAGGCUAUGAAGAGAAGAGAAUCACCUGGUGCCACAGGAUGAAAAACACCAGAGAUCAUGCGGAAAUUCCAGAGAUCAGAGAAGUCCUCGGAUUCGACGAUAUGGUCGAGGGCGGAAAGAACCAGAAGAGGUGGUCCAAAGCAUUGAGCGAGAGAAAAGGUACCGGGAUGAGCAUUGGAGCUAGAAGCAGUAGAGGAACGAGUCUGAAGCUGGAAGGAAUGAGUGAGGACGGUGGUAGUGUGCGGAGCAAGGAAGAAAUCAGCGAAAAGCCAACAUAG